UGAGGUUGCGCACCAAUCGUUUUACAACAUAUUGACCUUCAAGAACUCAGCAACCUCCAUCAAUGGACGAUGCUACUGGAUCGUUGCCGUUUGACAAUAUGCUGUUUUUCCGUCACUUGCUUUUCCUGAAUCUGAAAUCCUAAACAAUAUGAUUUUAGCUCGAGAUGCUCACUUUCUUACUAGGUUUCACAACUUCGAGAUUUCGUCUACCGAACCAGUAAACAUCACUCCAUCCACAUCUGAAUACUUACAAAACGAAUUCGAAAACUUGUCCCUUAAGUUUGAUCAUUUGUAUGCGUCUACACAUAAAAACCUUAAAAUUCUACAGGAACUCGACUCAGAUUUGCUUUCAUUGGACAGAACCCUGACUGUGGACAAACGCUUGGAAUCUUUCGCGCCACCCAUAGAUAUUAAAAAAGGAACGAAUAUCCCCACUAUAAAGUAUCAAACAGACUUAAUGGUGACUUCAAAAGAAAAAGAUUUAAAUUCUCGUGAUCUGGCUAUUGGACGAGAUAAAUUCCCAUAUGACGAACCGGUUAAAGAUGUUAGCACAUUACAUGCACGCAUAAAAUCAAUAAAAAACACCCCUAAAAGAAAGCGAACAAUGUAUUGUCAAGAAUGGUAUGCUCAAAAACUUGGAAAACUACGUCUAAAUUCGUCCUAUGUUAUAUGGAGGUUUAAUACUGACGAGACUCAACCAGCAAAGAGCCUAGUUGAAAAACCUUUACUUCGCAGCCUUUUAAAACAUGGAGAUUUUGGAACUAUUGCACUGGCUGAUAACAGAGUUAUUGGCUGUGACAAAAGCGUAAUCAGUUUGUCUAAAAGUCUCACAUCAGCCCUCGCUUCAAGUACAAUCGUAGCAUGCAUCCAGCAGCAGCUGCGUAUAGACUUUACCUUGACAGAGGACAUAAAACGACUGAGUUCAAUGUACCCACUUGAUUGGGAUCUCUCUGCACGCAAUUUUCAUCUGCUAGCAGGUCAAGGGGUUAUGGCAACAGCCACUAUACAUAUAGCUCCGAACGGUCCAAUCAGUCUUGUGAAAAUCAGAAAAUCGUCUGAUCCAGAUCAUCCCGAACCACAUUUGGCAGAACCAUGUAAUUUUGUUCCACCGAUUUCGUGGUCUUUAGACGAAUGGUUGAUGGAAAUUAAUGACUUUUGUAAUUCGGUCAUUCCAACAAGCUAACUGAUUAAUUUUAAUGUACUUAACCAAUUCCAUCUCAAUCAGUAACUGUCUUACACAUAUUUUUUCAACUGUGAGAUGGUUUGUUAUUUUUAUACUUUCAAUAAAUGUAUAUACUUGAUAUCACAAAUUCAUAAUUGACUUUGCAUUUAAAUAUGCUUUUCUGCAUACGUUUGCAGCCAAACUAUGGUCUCUUGUGUAUGGAUACGGAACAUCCAGUGAGGAAUUGAUAUUUACCGUAUGCGUCGACUGUAGCUCUGAAAAGUCUAAAAGUUAACUGCUGCUUUGAAUGACACUUCAUUCAAUUUGCAUACCUGGUGUAAUAGUUGUACGCAAUAACAGGUUUUACAGUUAAAUUCAUUUCCUUACUGAAAUCCACUUUAUUCUGGACUACUUUGUGUGACUACUACUGACAGUGAUUGGAUUCUGCGGAGAUUCACUGUGAUGUUAUGAACUUACUUUAAUUCACAGGAAAAGGAUCGCCAUUUGAUGGGCAGUAAAAACUUGCUCCAGUAUAAAGUCUGGAGAUCGGUAACUCUGGGCCAUGACAACUCGAUGAUAAAUGGUUUUAGAUCACAUUGUUACCACACGUCUUUAAAAAAAUGUUUUCUGAUGGUCAAGCUAUCCAGUUCAGAGAACGAAACUCCAGCAAAACAACUCACCUGAGCCACAAAUCUUUAUCUCAACGUCCACAUAGCUUGGGACACUACACAUUUAUAUAUGGUAACAAGUUGUUUCGCUAUUUCUUUGUAAGGUAUUACUGAUCGGCUAGGUUCUUUUAAAUCGUAAAAUAUAGUCUGGUGAGUCAUCCCAAACUCUUUUAGGCUGAAUUCCAGAAAAAUUGGUAGUCACUUUAGUAUAUCUGAAAAGUUUUAAAGCUUCAAAUCCUUAUACGAAACUUUUGAUGUAAAGGAUACUUUCUGUUAAUUUGUGGUAAGACUUGGUGACAAAAAACCCCUAAACUUUUCUGUUGUGACUUUGUAGAAAUAAUAGACCGUAUGCCAAUUCGUUAUGAUUUUAUGUCCACCUUUUAUCACGUGAAUUAUCCAACAAUCGGAAUACGACUUGUCUAAUCUUAACACUGUGCCAAAACAAUGACGUUCGACCAGUAUGAACAGUCUAGCAUCCUUAUUGGUCCCUUAUCCGCCUGGCCCUUCCAAUGAGUCCAGAACACUAAUUGCAGCUUCUGCUAUGCGAAUCAUUU